AUGAAGUUCACUGCCCUCACUCUCGCCAUUGCCUUGGCAGCGUCCGGCGCCAAUGCUGAGAUCUACCAGAAGCCGCCCCUGAACAAUGUCAAGCCUCAUCUCGUCGAAAACUUCCCUUGGAAAAACCCGUUCCCCAUCGAGGAGUCCGACGUUGUCGAGCCCUCGUGCGAGGCGGUAAAGCAUUUCUUUGCCAGGGAGUACACCCUCCACGAGCUCAUGGAAGAACCGCCCAGGGGCCUCAAACCAUGGGCGGAUGGCCUGAAGAAACUCUUCUCCAGCCGCGAGUACCCUGGUGGCUGGUCAGGCUACGACAGGCACGGAUAUGACCGCUCCAUCCUCAAGAUGGACUACGCCGACGUCCCUCUCGCCUUGAGAGAGUGGAUUGAGGAGCAGGAGAGGACUGAGGGGGAAUGGAAAGGUCUCUUCGGUGUCUUUCGCGACUCCAAGGGUGAUGAGGACACCGUUGACGACGUGGUGGACGUGAAGGAGAACAUUGAUCGCAGCCAAGAUAAGGACCGCGUGGUCAUGUUCGCGCCUGCGGCCGUGUAUCACGUGCUGCCAUUGUGGGUGGCGGAAGAAAGUGACUGCAAAGACAAACUGCUCGACCUGAGCAACUACAAGCCCGAGCCGGCGGACGGUACCGUUGUGGGAUGGGCCGACCACAAGCGACCCAAGGAGAACAAGAUAACUGAGUUCAGGGUCACUGUCAAUGCGCUCAAGGAAAAGGCCGUGCCCUCAGCUUCUGAGGGCAUCAAAAAAGAGGAGCUGUGA